UUAUAUUUCGUGUGGGUUAUUAUUUUCGUUAAUUGACGGCAUGGGUGUUCCAGCAUUUUUCAGAUGGUUAAGUAGAAAAUAUCCUUCUAUUGUUGUUCACUGUGUUGAAGAAAAACCAAGAGUUAUUGAUGGAGUUGAAGUACCUGUCGAUACCACUAAACCGAAUCCAAAUGAUGUUGAAUUCGACAACUUGUAUUUGGACAUGAAUGGUAUUAUACAUCCCUGUUGCCAUCCGGAAGACAAACCAGCUCCUAAAAAUGAAGACGAAAUGAUGAUUGCAAUCUUCGAGUAUAUCGACAGACUGUUUAGAAUUCUUAGACCAAGAAAGCUACUGUAUAUGGCUAUUGAUGGAGUUGCUCCAAGAGCCAAAAUGAAUCAACAAAGAUCAAGACGAUUUCGUUCAGCUAAGGAGAGUGAAGACAAAUGUCUUGAAAUAAGCCGUUUGAAGGAGGAGUUACGUACAAAAGGCUGCGACGUCCCUCCUGAUAAGCCUAAAUCAGAACAUUUUGAUUCUAAUUGUAUCACUCCAGGAACACCGUUUAUGUUUAGACUGGCUGAGUGUUUAAGAUAUUAUAUUCAUAAUAGAUUGAACAAUGAUCCAGGGUGGAAAGGCUUAAAAGUUAUUUUAAGCGACGCAAAUGCUCCAGGCGAAGGCGAGCAUAAAAUCAUGGAUUUUAUACGACGUCAAAGAGCUCAACCAAAUCAUGAUCCAAAUACUCACCAUUGUUUAUGCGGUGCUGAUGCCGAUUUGAUUAUGUUAGGUCUAGCCACGCACGAACCUUAUUUUACCAUAAUAAGAGAAGAGUUUAAACCAAAUAAACCAAGACCCUGUGAAAUUUGCAAUCAAAUUGGUCACACAAUGAAAGAAUGCGUUGGAAUGAAAAAUGAUGGAGAAGUAGUAGAAGCAAUUCCAGCAGCCGAACAGGAAUUUAUUUUUAUACGCUUGAAUGUAUUGAGAGAAUAUUUGGAGAAAGAAUUAUAUAUACCUAAUUUGCCGAUGAAACAAGAUUUUGAAAGAGCAAUUGAUGACUGGGUUUUUAUGUGCUUUUUCGUUGGAAAUGAUUUUCUACCGCAUUUACCCUCUUUAGAAAUAAGAGAGGGCGCAAUCGACCGUUUAGUGAAACUUUAUAAGAAAUGUGUUUAUAAGACUGGUGGUUACCUCACCGAGGAUGGUAUUGUCAAUUUGGAACGCGUUCAACUAGUUUUGAAGGAUUUGGGAGAAGUCGAAGAUGAAAUUUUUAAAACACGAAGAGAGAAAGAUCUGGAAUACAAACGAAGACAAGCUGACAACCGGAAACGACAACGGCAAUGGAAUAAAUCCUCUUAUCCAUCAUUUGUACCCUCAGGCCAAUUUGCCCCCGUACCAGUCGGCCAAACUCCAGCCGCUCUCGUCAAUCCGAAACAAGCCUGUGCUGAUUUAAGGACACAAUCAAUGAAUUUCUCAUCUGGUUCUUCUAAUAGAGACGCAGCUGAAAAAUUAAAAGCUAUGCUGGAUAAGAGUGACAAUCUAACACCACCUUCAAGUCCCCCCCGGGCCCAGAAGCGUAAAUUGAAAGACGAGGAGGCUGAAGAGGAGAGUGAAGAGGAGGAUAACGAUGAGGUGAAAUUGUGGGAGGACGGGUGGAAAGAUAGAUACUAUGAAAGCAAAUUCGGCGUUGAUUCAAAUGAUGUUAAUUUUCGUUAUAAAGUUAGCAACGCUUACGCCCUGGGAUUGUGCUGGGUUAUGCGUUAUUAUUAUCAGGGAUGCCCAUCAUGGAAAUGGUACUUUCCAUACCAUUAUGCUCCUUUUGCUUCAGAUUUUAACUUUAGCACGUUGACUAAUGAAUUUGAGAAAUCUACAGAGCCCUUUAAGCCCCUGGAACAAUUAAUGGCUGUUUUCCCGGCAGCAAGUAAACAAUUUUUACCACCAACUUGGCAAGAGCUUAUGUAUAUACCGGAAUCUUCUAUAAUCGAUUUUUAUCCGUCCGAUUUUAAAAUAGACUUGAAUGGUAAAAAAUACGCAUGGCAAGGUGUUGCCUUGCUUCCUUUUGUCGAUGAACGUAGACUUAAAGAUGCGUUGCAAAGUGUUUACCCUGAUUUAACGGAUGAGGAGCAGUUUCGAAAUACCAGGGGCAAUGAUCGACUUUUUGUCGGUAAGGACUGCCCUGCAUAUUCAUUUUUGCAAGGUGUAUACGAGGGAGAUGAACCAGUUUGUAAAGAAAAUCUUAUUGACUUGGAAACUUCUCUAACUUCCGGUAUGGCAGGAAGAGUUUGGGGAGAUAAAGAUUCGUGUCUACCCAGCGAAACUUUAAUAUCACCAUUGCCUGGAUGCCCCGGUUUAAAGGAGAAUUUAUCUAUUUGUGUUUUCUAUACGGAUUCUCAUUACCCUGAAGAUUUUGUAUUUGAAGCUCGCCUGCUAAAAAACGUUCGUAUGCCUAAUCCAACGCUGAAACCGGGAGAUUUUGAACGCGGUCAGGCGUAUAGACCACAACUUGGAUUUAAGCCUGAUUCUGGCUACCGCCACAGAGGCUCAUAUAAUACUAUGCCUAUGCAAAGAUUAACGAGGGCUGCAAUGCACAAUCAACAUGGCAAUUAUUCUCGUGAUUACAAUCACGAUAGAGGAGGAAGAGGAGGAUCCAGGGGAUACAACUCGCGCGGAAACUAUAACCGUGGAAGAGGAGACGGGGACUAUAACAGAUAUGGUGGAUCUGGUGGCUCAGACAGAGGUAGAGAAUACAGUUAA